AAGGUGUCUGUACACAGCUUGAACAAAAUGAGGCAGACCAAACUCACCGUGGGCAGCCUGGGAUUGGGCCUGAUCAUCAUCCAGAAUGGACCUUACCUCCAGAUUAGUCACCUCAUCAAUAAAGGGGCUGCAGCCACUGAUGGGAUACUCCAGCCAGGUGAUGUUCUGGUUAGUGUUGGGCAUGCCAACGUGUUAGGCUAUACCCUCCGUGAAUUGUUAAAGCUUUUGCAAAAUGUCACCAUAGGAACAGUGCUACAAAUCAAGGCUUACCGAGACUUUAUUGACAUACCCCAGGAGUGGCAAGACGUGUAUGAUUUAAUCCCCGAGACCAAAUUUCCAGUCCCAUACACACCAAAGAAAACAAAGGAGAAGGCAAAGGAUGAGCCUUCUCCAAGCAGAGAUGACCAUGAAGAUGUCGUUUUAGAUAAAAGACUGAAGUAUUACAGAUAUCCUCGGUCAGUCUGGAAUCACCCUGUGAGGACACCGAUAUCAAUCUCCACAGAAUGGCAUGGAUAUAAAAAGAAGGACCAAACUAUUAGUGUUGGUAAAGAUGUUAAUUGUGAUGUAGUAAUUCACAAAGACAACAAGACAAAACUGAGGGCCCCUUCUCCAUACUGGACAAUGGUGGAGCACGACAAAGUCAUCUCCUCCUCAUCCUCCACAGCUUCCUCCAACUCAGAUGCCUUUUGGCUGGAAGACUGUGCACAGGUUGAACAGGGUGAAGGUCAGCAGGUAUCAAAGUUUGGUUAG